AGUGGGGUCUGACCGCAUAGUCUACUAUUUAAGAGAAAGGGAAUUCUCCCUCCCUCUCUCUUUCACUCAGUCCCUAGCUCUCCUGUCUUCUCUCUCUCUCUUUCUCUCUCUCCUCUCACUGGCUACAUCAUCAGCAGUCUGGGUCUCUAGGUAGAUGGAAUAGACUGACUGAGAGAAGGAGAGAAAAAUGAUUGAACUGUCAUUGCUUUAGAAGGCAAAGACACAGACCCACAAGAACAUUUGUUUCAGGCUUUGGUUUCUUUGAGCCAAGCUCUCACAUAGUUCCUUUUUGUUCUGUAACGCUGAUUUAGCUCCGGUGGAGAGAUUCUGUGAAUUCAGUGGAAGGACACAAGGGCAUCUGCGUCAUCUCCCAGAUAGAAGGACUCCAUUCUCCUCCCCCAUCCCUGACUGUUCACAAGUACUCCCAGCAGGACGUGACAGGACCUGGUCAUCAUGGUGAUGAAAGGCCUGCUCCUAGGCUGUGUGACCGUGGCUGUGCUGCUUCAGCUCUCCAGCGCCGGCCUGGUCAAGAAGAUCAUCCGGCACCGCAGAGAAACCCUGAGAGAACCCUCUGAGAACCUGACCCUGCCCCACCCAGACCAGCCGGUGGUCUUCAACCACGUCUACAACAUCAAUGUCCCCUCCAGCUCCCUGUGUUCCGUAGACGUGGAGAGCCCAGGAGGAACCAAGGUCAAGCCUAAACGAAGUCCAGUCCAGUCGGCCAUGCGGAGCUCGGAGAACCUGGACCACACGAUGGACGGAGAGAACCAGAUCGUGUUCACCCACCGCAUCAACAUCCCCAAGCAGGCGUGCGGCUGUGACAACCACAUGCCCGAUAUGAAGGACAUCCUUAGCAGACUGGAGAUGCUGGAGUCUGAGCUGUCCAGCCUCAGAGAACAGUGUGGCAGUGGAGCCAGUUGCUGUGGAGCCCAGAUUACAGGUGAGGUGGCCACCAAGCCUUACUGUAACGGCCGUGGUAACUUCAGCACUGAGACCUGCAGCUGUGUGUGUGAGCCCGGCUGGAAGGGACCCAACUGCACUGAGCCUGAGUGCCCCAACUUCUGCCAAGACCAGGGACGCUGCGUGGACGGCAAGUGUGUCUGCUUCGAGGGCUUCGACGGAGACGACUGCAGCAUGGAGCUGUGUCAGAUGAACUGUGGGGACAAUGGGGAGUGCAUCGACGCCAUGUGUAUCUGUGAGGACGGCUUCACCGGGAACGACUGCUCCCAGACCAACUGCCUGAACAACUGCCUGGGACGCGGCCGCUGCGUGGACGAUGAGUGUGUGUGUGACGAGCCGUGGACGGGCUACGACUGCUCCGAGCUCAUCUGCCCCAAUGACUGCUACGAUCGCGGCCGCUGUGUCAACGGAACCUGCUUCUGCGAGGAGGGCUUCAACGGGGAGGACUGCGGGGAACUCACCUGCCCCAGCAACUGUAACAACCGUGGGAUGUGUGUCGACGGCCAAUGUGUGUGUCACUCUGGCUACAUCGGCGAGGACUGCUCCAAGCUCACCUGCCCCAACGAUUGUACUGAAAGAGGCCAUUGCUUCAACGGGAGGUGCAUCUGUGACCCAGGCUUCGAGGGAGUGAACUGUUCCAUCCUGUCUUGCCCAGACAACUGCAGCAACAGAGGUCAGUGUGUCAACGGAGAGUGCGUCUGCAAUGUAGGAUUUGAGGGUGACGACUGCUCUGAAAUCUCCUGCCCCAAGAAGUGUCUGAACCAAGGCCGCUGUUUGAAAGGACAGUGUGUGUGCAGUAAAGGCUUUGCCGGGGACGACUGCAGCAUCAAGACCUGCCCCAAGGACUGCCUGGGUCGCGGCGAGUGUGUUGACGGCACGUGCGUGUGCUUCAUGGGCUUCACGGGCAAAGACUGCAGCGAGCUGACUUGUCCCAACAACUGUCUGAACCGUGGGCGCUGUGUUAACGGCCAGUGUGUGUGCAACAAAGGCUUUGCUGGGGAGGACUGCAGUGAGAAGACGUGUCCCAACAACUGCCUGGAGAGGGGCUAUUGCGUAGACGGGAAGUGUUUGUGCUUCGAGGGAUUCCAGGGCUUGGACUGCUCUGUGCUGACCUGUCCAGGAGACUGUGAGGACCAGGGUAGAUGUAUGAAUGGAGUGUGUCUAUGUAACGAAGGCUUCAUCGGAGAGGACUGCUCUGGGGUGUCUCCACCCAAGGAUCUGACAGUGCUGGAGGUCACCCCAGAGACAGUGGACCUGUCCUGGGCUAACGAGAUGCAGGUGGCAGAGUACCUGGUCACCUAUGUGCCCACCGCCCUUGGAGGCCUGGAGCUCGACAUGCGUGUGCCUGGGGAUCAGAAGAACGCCACCAUCAGUGAGCUGGAGCCUGGUGUGGAGUAUCUGAUCAGUGUCUUCGCUGUCCUCAACAACAAGAGGAGUGUCCCUGUCAGUGCCAGAGUGGCAACACAUCUCCCUGAGCCUGAGGGACUCAAGUUCACAUCAGUGAGGGAGACUGCAGUAGAGGUUCAGUGGGACCCCCUGGACAUCCCUUUUGAUGGCUGGAACCUAAUCUUCAGAAACACUAAAGAGGAGAAUGGGGAGAUUCUGAACUCCCUGGGCAGCCCUGACACCAUGUUCCAACAGUCUGGGCUGGGACCUGGUCAGGAGUACGAGGUCAAACUGGAGGUGGUGAAGAACAACACCAGUGGACCCCCAGCACGCAAGAAUGUUUUCACAAAAAUCGAUUCUCCCAGAGAGGUGGAUGUGCGUGAUGUGACGGACACCACAGCGCUGGUGACCUGGUUCCUGCCGGUGGCCAUGGUGGACGGGGUGAGCAUGUCCUACGGGCCCAGCGACAACCCCUCAGACAGGAACACAGUGGAGCUGUCCUCCAGCGACACACAACACCACCUGGGCAGCCUGAACCCUGACACAGAGUAUGAGGUGUCUCUCAUGGCCAAGAGGGGAGAGAUGACCAGUGUGCCCGUGUCUGAGACCUUCCUAACAGACCUGGAUGCCCCGCGGGACCUGCAGACGGUAGAGCUGACUGACGAGAGCAUCACUCUGGAGUGGAAGAACAGCCAGGCUCAAGUAGACAACUACCGCAUCAAAUACGGCCCCCUCUCUGGAGGAGACCAUGGAGAGCUGCUGUUCCCAACUGGACCCCUGGACACCACCCAGGCCAAGAUCACUGGCCUGAGAGCUGGGACAGAGUAUGGGAUGGGAGUGACAGCCGUGAAGAGUGAGCGUGAGAGCCUUCCUACCACCACCAACGCUGUUACAGCAUUGGAUGCUCCUAAGAACCUGGAGGUGGAGUCUUCCUCUGAGACUGAGAUGGUGUUGGUGUGGCAGAAGCCGGUGGCUAAGAUCGACAAGUACAAGCUGGAGUACGUGUCAGCCGACGGGCGAAGUGCUGAGGUGACACCCUUCUCCAGAGACGUCAAGUACACCAUGAGGAACUUGACGCCCGGCAUGCUGUACACCAUCACCCUGACCGCUGAAAGGGGACGCAGGCAGAGUGGCCCCACCACCAUCUCCGCAGCAACAGAGGAGGAGAAGCCUGUGCUGGGCAAACUGACAGUGUCAGACGUGUCGUGGGACAGCUUCCUGGUGUCCUGGGUCACUGAGGAGGGAGCCUUUGAUGGCUUUGUGGUUGAGGUGACAGACGCAGAGGCAGGGGUAGAUUGGCAGAACCACACCCUGCAAGAUGCAGCCCAGAGCCUGGGCAUCGUAGGCCUCUCUCCGGCCACCUGGUACAAUGUCAGCCUGUAUGGGCUGUUCAAGGGGGCCCUGUUAGGGCCUGUCUAUGCAGACACCAUCACAGAAGCUGAACCCAUCGUGGAGCAUCUCUUGGUCUCCGACAUCACCCCAGACAGCUGUAAAGUGGCCUGGUCAGCUGAAGAGGACCUCUUUGAUAGUUUUGUCAUUAUGAUCAAUGAUACUAGCGACAACCUGGCUUCUCCGCAAGAGGUGGUCGUGCCCGGCGAAGAGAGAACAACAGUGCUUACCGAGCUAAUUGACGACACAGAGUAUGAAAUUGAGCUCUAUGGGGUCAUUUCUGGACGGCGCUCAGACUCUAUUUCCGGGGUGGCAAAAACAGGUCUGGGCACACCCAAGGGCAUCCGUUUCUCUGAUGUCACUGAUACCUCUGCCAUUGUACACUGGACAAUGCCCAGAGCUCGAGUGGACAGGUACCAUGUCACCUAUGUCCCUGCUCAGGGAGGUGCUCCUAAGACUGUGACAGUGGGUGGAACUGAGUCUCAGAAGGUGCUGCCCAAACUGACACCUGGAGUGACCUACCAGGUGACCGUCAUCUCUGUGAAGGGACAGAAGGAGAGUGAGCCAGGCUCCAGCAGCGUCACCACAGCUUUGGACAAGCCCCGUGGCCUGACUGUAGUCAACAUCACUGACACAGAGGCUCUGCUCCACUGGCAGCCUUCCGUCGCCACUGUAGAUGGAUAUGUCAUCACCUACAGCGCAGACACUGUUGUCCCAGUGAUGGAGAGAGUGUCUGGAAACAUUGUGGAGUUUGAGAUGACCUCCUUGACGCCUGCCACCCACUACACUGUCAAGGUCUACGCCAUGAGAGCGACUGCUAAGAGCACCACCACCACAACUGAGUUCACCACUGAUGUGGAUGCCCCUCAGGAACUGGCAGCCAGUAACAUCCAGACAGAGAACGCCAUGUUGACCUGGAAGGCCCCACACGCUGACAUCACCGGCUACAUCCUCAGCUUUGAGUCAGCUGACGGCACAAUCCGGGAGGUUGUCCUGAGCCCCACAGCCACCUCCUACAACAUGGCCCAGCUGAGUGCCUCCACUGACUACUCCGUCAGACUGCUGGCCAUCGCAGGGCCCAAGAGGAGCAAAGUCAUCACCACCGUCUUCACCACCAUUGGCGUGCUGUACAAACACCCCAGGGACUGCUCCCAGGCCUUGCUGAAUGGAGACACAUCCUCUGGUGUCUACACCAUCUACCUGGGUGGAGAUGAGAGUCAGCCCACCCAGGUCUACUGUGACAUGGAAACAGAUGGAGGUGGAUGGACUGUGUUUGUCAGACGCCAGAGCGGUAAACUGGAGUUCUUCCGCAACUGGAGGAACUACACUGCUGGCUUCGGUGACAUGAACGAUGAAUUCUGGCUCGGCCUGUCGAACCUCCAUAAGAUCACUGUAGCAGGACAGUACGAGCUUCGUGUGGACCUCAGAGACAAGGGGGAUGAAGCCUACGCACAGUAUGACAAGUUCUCCAUCUCUGAUCCCCGCAGUCGCUACAAGGUCCACGUUGGAGGGUACAGUGGUACCGCAGGUGAUUCUAUGACCUACCACCACGGUCGCCCGUUCUCAACCUACGACCAUGACAAUGACAUCGCCGUCACCAACUGUGCCCUGUCCUACAAGGGUGCCUUCUGGUAUAAGAACUGCCAUCGCGUCAACCUUAUGGGACGAUAUGGAGAUGACAGUCACAGCAAGGGAGUCAACUGGUUCCAUUGGAAAGGACAUGAGCACUCCAUUGAGUUUGCCGAGAUGAAGAUUAGGCCAUCCAACUUCAGAAACUUUGAGGGAAGGAGGAAACGAUCGUAAACCAACCGACCGAUCUGCGCUACGACCCAUCUCCUCGUGACCCCUGAACCCGUCCACCGUCCUCUGCCACUGCUGAUUCCAAGGUUGCAUCCCAAAUGGCACUCUAUUUCUUAUGUAGUGCACUACUUUUGACCAGGGCCAGUAGAGCUCUGGUCAAAAGUAGUGCACUAAAUAGGAAAUAGGGUGCCAUUUGGGACACAGCCCCACACUUCCCUGCAGCUACCAAAGCCACUGCCAAGAGCCCAGCCACCUCAAACUACACCCCUCCUCUUGCUCACUCACAGAAAUAAGCACAGAUACAGUAAAAAUGUACUACAAAUCCCACUAUCCAACACCUCCUGAUACAAAAUGGUUGUGUGCAGUAUAAAUACUGUCAAUGCCAAAUUGAUGUGGGAAAAUAUGGAUUUACACGUCACAAACUAAACCCACAGAUUAUACACGUACCAAAGAGAGUAUAAUCUAUAAAACCCAAGUAUAAAGCAUAUGUUUCUUUCUUGUCACUAUCAUGUUACAGUAACAUCACUUAGUGGAGGGGUGCAUUUGAGUCUGGUCUGGGGUAUUAACAUGUAGAAUACUGAUGUAUUCUGCCUCUACAGUGUGUCCAUCUCCUCCAACCACAGUAGGCCAUUAGGGUGUUUGCCAGGGUUGGGUUCAAUUGGAGUUGAAGGCAGUCAAUUCAGGUAGUGAUUUUUAAAUAAAUAGCUUUUGCUUUUCAGUUUAUUGAGUAGUCAUUGAAAAUAAAUCCUCUUUUUUAAAUUAUUGAAUUGGAAUUUCAGUUUACUUCCUGAAUUGACUGCCUUCAAUUCUAAUUGACACCAACCCUGGUGUUUGCAGAGAGACAUGGCUGAUUACAUACAUGUGGUCUUGUUUUAGUGUCAGGGCCUCUUCACUAAUACUGGUAACCUUUAAACUGGAUUAUAGAAAUUAUAUUAUUUGAAUAACACACCACCCACCAAGAGCACAUACAAUACGUACACUCAAUUCAAUCAUCUGGAUUGAAGUGAUGUUAUUGAUAAAAAAGGAUUCUCCACAUAAACCGCACAACUCAUUCAAAUGUAAAAUGUCUAUGUAAAGUGAAGAGAGCUCACAGAGAGUCCUAUCUCAUUCAUUAGUCUAUGUGUGACUCAUCCCUUUUCACUUCAUCAUUCCCUCUCUCCUGAAAUCCCUUCUUGCAAACUGUGAUCUGAAAUGAUAUGGGCAAAAUAAAUGGCAUUCUGAAUAAAGCUAAUCUGCUUCAUCCCACACACAGGUGGACGACAUGAGGUGUUUCCAUUGAUUGUGUGGGCCAUACAGGCACUGUGCAAUUGUCUCUUACACAUGCAACUGAGAUAGUACUACUUUUUCCACCAGCUAUCAUGCAUUAGCUACAGGAUACAGAGAAAAUGUUUAUGUGUUUGAUUUGUUUUCUAUUUCCUUAAGAAAUCCAAGGCAGGACCUAUAAUUCAAUAUACAAUGAAAUUGUGGGUGAUUGUUACAUUUUUGAUGAAUGGGAAAUACGUAUAUGGAUGCAACAGGAGUCAGAGAGGAAUAUUGUGAUGAAAUACAGAAGAUAUGGAUGCUUAAAAUAGGCUAAUGGCCAAUUCCAAUUGACAUUGUAAGGUCAGUGUUUACUUUGUUGAGAAACAUCUAUUUGGGCAGACCAAAAUGAACUAGAGAGAAGUUCUUCUUGUUCUGUUCUGUUCUGUUCUCCCCCUCCCGCCCCCUGCUAUGCCAGGAGACCAAACCACUGAGACCCCCCUCCCCAUGAAAUACCUGUGUAAAUUAAAGUUUCUUUAUUUUCUAUUAUUUUUUAUUGUUUAUAACUGGGUGAACAACAGGUGUUUCUCUGUAACCCGUAUUACAAUAAAAAAAGAUGUUCGUUUAAAAUUGACAAGUCUAA